UUGAUUUACCAAAAACACCGUGUCUCUCUUCCCUUACACCACCCCACCCGCCCUCUCUCUCCUCGACCAGCUUCUGGUGAUCGCCACUUUGCACUUCUAAUCUCUUACUGCAACCCUUUACUCUCUCUCUCUCUCUCUCUCUCUCUCACCUCUCUCUGUGCUGUUCCCAUAUCUCAUUCCACAGCUUCAUUCAACCAUGACAGUCAUGACGCCUGCCCCUAUUGAUGUAUGCGCCUCUCUCUCUAACAACCAGAGGACGAGGAGAUGCUUGUCCCGCAUUCGGAUUUGCCCGAAAACAAUCACCAGCCCAUGGAAGUUGUUGCACAACCUGAAACUGCUAAUAAUGUGGAGAACCAGCCAGUGGAGGAUCCUCCAUCAUCAAGAUUCACAUGGAGAAUUGACAACUUUACUAGGAUGAAUACAAAGAAGCAUUAUUCCGAUGCAUUUGUUGUUGGCGGCUACAAAUGGCGCGUGCUUAUUUUUCCAAAGGGAAAUAAUGUGGAUCAUUUGUCUAUGUAUUUGGAUGUUGCGGAUUCUUCAAGUUUGCCAUAUGGGUGGAGUAGAUAUGCACAAUUUAGCUUGGGGGUUAUCAAUCAAAUGCAUAACAAGUAUUCAGUACGAAAAGACACACAACAUCAGUUCAAUGCGCGAGAAAGUGAUUGGGGUUUUACAUCCUUUAUGCCUCUCAGUGAACUUUACGAUCCCAGUAGAGGGUAUCUUGUAAAUGAUACGAUUAUAGUUGAAGCCGAGGUUCUCGUUCGUAGGGUUGUAGAUUACUGGACAUAUGACUCAAAAAAGGAGACAGGUUAUGUGGGGCUUAAGAACCAAGGAGCAACGUGCUACAUGAACUCCCUCCUCCAGACUCUGUAUCAUAUUCCUUAUUUCAGAAAGGCUGUUUACCAUAUGCCCACAACUGAGAAUGAUUUGCCAUCGCAAAGCAUACCAUUGGCUCUUCAGAGUCUAUUUUACAAGCUCCAGUACAGUGACAACAGUGUGGCAACCAAAGAGCUGACAAAGUCUUUUGGAUGGGACACAUAUGAUUCAUUUAUGCAGCAUGAUGUACAAGAACUCAAUAGAGUUUUGUGUGAAAAACUUGAGGAUAAAAUGAAGGGAACUGUUGUAGAGGGAACUAUACAGAAGUUAUUUGAAGGACACCAUAUGAACUACAUUGAAUGUAUCAACGUGGACUACAAAUCUACAAGAAAGGAAUCAUUUUAUGACCUUCAGCUUGACGUCAAAGGCUGUCGUGAUGUUUAUGCUUCUUUUGAUAAGUAUGUUGAAGUGGAACGUCUUGAGGGUGAUAACAAAUAUCAUGCUGAACAGUAUGGAUUACAGGAUGCCAAGAAAGGUGUUCUGUUCAUUGACUUCCCCCCUGUGCUUCAACUUCAGCUGAAACGAUUUGAGUACGACUUCAUGCGGGACACAAUGGUGAAGAUUAAUGAUCGUUAUGAGUUCCCGUUGCAACUUGACCUUGAUCGAGAGAAUGGAAAAUAUUUAUCACCUGAAGCUGAUAGGAGCGUUCGCAACCUUUACACACUUCACAGUGUUUUGGUGCAUAGUGGUGGGGUGCACGGUGGACACUAUUAUGCCUUUAUCAGGCCAACACUUUCUGAUCAGUGGUAUAAAUUUGACGAUGAGAGGGUAACAAAAGAAGAUAUAAAGAGGGCACUAGAGGAGCAGUAUGGUGGUGAGGAAGAGUUACCGCAGACAAACCCUGGAUUUAAUAAUACUCCUUUCAAAUUCACGAAAUAUUCAAAUGCAUACAUGCUGGUGUACAUACGGGAAAGUGACAGAGAUAAAAUAAUCUGCAAUGUGGAUGAAAAGGACAUUGCUGAACAUCUGAGGGAGAGAUUAAAGAAGGAACAAGAAGAAAAGGAGCACAAGAAGAAAGAAAAGGCAGAAGCACACCUGUACACUGUUAUAAAGGUUGCUCGGGAUGAGAACCUCAUGGAGCAAAUUGGGAAAGAUAUUUAUUUUGAUAUUGUGGAUCAUGACAAAGUUAGAAGUUUUCGUAUUCAGAAGCAGACCCCUUUUAACAUUUUUAAGGAGGACGUUGCAAAAGAGUUUGGCAUACCAGUGCAAUUUCAGCGUUUUUGGCUGUGGGCAAAGCGUCAAAACCAUACAUAUCGUCCUAACCGUCCGUUGACACCUAUGGAGGAAACACAAUCUGUUGGACAGUUGAGGGAGGUAUCAAACAAGGUUCAUAAUGCAGAACUAAAGUUAUUCUUAGAAGUAGAGCUUGGGCCGGAUUUACACCAUAUUGCUCCACCUGACAAAACAAAGGAUGAUAUCCUGCUUUUCUUUAAGCUUUAUGAUCCAGAAAAAGAAGAACUGCGAUAUGUUGGAAGACUUUUUGUGAAGAGUACUGGUAAGGCAGCUGAAAUCUUGUCAAAAUUAAAUGAAAUGGCUGGCUAUGAUCCCGAGGAAGAGAUUGACCUAUAUGAGGAAAUCAAGUUUGAGCCCACUGUCAUGUGUGAACCCAUUGAUAAGAAAUUCAUAUUUCGAGCCUGCCAGCUUGAGGAUGGAGACAUUGUCUGCUUUCAGAAGCCAACUUCAGUUGAAAGUGAACAUCUCCGCUAUCCUGAUGUCCCAUCUUUUCUGGAAUAUGUGCGCAACCGUCAAGUUGUUCACUUCCGAUCCCUUGAGAAACCCAAGGAAGAUGAUUUCUCCCUAGAACUGUCAAAACUUCAUACCUAUGAUGAUGUUGUGGAACGAGUAGCUCAACAACUUGGUUUGGACGAUCCAUCCAAACUUAGGCUUACACCACACAACUGUUACUCACAACAACCCAAACCCCAGCCAAUUAAGUAUCGUGGGGUUGACCACUUGACUGAUAUGCUGGUCCACUACAAUCAGACUUCAGAUAUACUGUACUAUGAAGUGUUGGACAUCCCUCUGCCUGAAUUACAAGGUUUGAAAACUCUGAAAGUUGCAUUCCAUCUUGCUACUAAGGAAGAAGUGGUUGUUCACACCAUAAGACUGCCAAAACAGAGCACUGUGGGGGAUGUAAUUAAUGAUCUUAAAACUAAGGUUGAAUUGUCUCAUCCGGAUGCAGAACUUAGGCUGCUUGAAGUUUUCUAUCACAAGAUUUACAAGGUUUUUCCUCACAGUGAAAAGAUUGAGAACAUAAACGAUCAAUACUGGACAUUGCGAGCUGAAGAGGUUCCUGAGGAAGAGAAAAAUCUUGGUCCUAAUGAUCGUGUAAUCCAUGUGUACCAUUUCACUAAAGACACAGCUCAGAACCAAAUGCAAAUUCAAAACUUUGGGGAACCUUUUUUCUUGGUCAUACAUGAAGGUGAAACUUUGGCUGAAGUUAAAGCUCGAGUGCAAAAGAAAUUACAGGUUGCAGAUGAGGAGUUUGCUAAGUGGAAGUUUGCGUUUCUUUCCUUAGGUCGCCCAGAAUAUCUUCAGGACUCGGAUAUUGUGUCUAGUCGAUUUCAGAGAAGAGAUGUCUACGGUGCUUGGGAGCAAUAUCUUGGGCUGGAGCACUGUGACAGUGCUCCUAAAAGAUCUUAUGCAGCUAAUCAGAAUCGUCAUACGUUUGAAAAGCCAGUAAAAAUUUACAACUAGGAAAUUGUUGGAUGAAUGAAUCACUCCAGAGAUGCGUUGGUAAAUUCUUCACAUGGCGGUGAAAGUGGGAAUUGGUGAAGGGUGAUUGUGCAGCCAUCCAGUGAUAUUAGCUUUUGAAAAGGUGUCAGGCAAGGCUCGGUAGGCAGAUUUGUUAGCUAUUUAAUUCUUUUUCCAGAGUUGUUGGGGACGACUCUUCGUAAAUCAGUGUCUGCAAGCAUUGAUCUUAACUGCAGUUUUAGACACAGGCGGUUCGUCUUUUGGUGUCGUGGCAAUGGACUUCACCAUCAGUUCAAUGUAAACCUUUUGACAGUAAAUAAACAAGAUUUUUGAACUAGUGAAUGUAUACAGGUACAGUUUGGUGUCACUCAAGUUAGCUUUUUGCGUGUUUCUCUUCGCGUUUCUGUUCAGUUUAGGUAGCGAGGUGGACAGGGGUGGUGUUGUGCGUGAUUAGUCAGUUCCCAAACAUGUUUCUGGACUUUUGUAAAACAUAUUUUCCAGGCACUGCCGGUGAAUUGAGGGCAGUAAGUCUCUACCCUGUUUUUUUGUUAUGGAAGCCUUGUUCUGAUGUUCUGCAA